UCUAAAGCAAAAGACUUCACCCCUCCAGCUUUGCAAAGGGAACCUUGGAGAGAAGUCGGAGGUUUGGUGCGCGCAAGGAGCGCAAAGAGAAGAUUUUUUUUUGCAAACUGGAAGCCGGUUCCUGGAAGGUGGUGCGCCUCCACCUGGGGAAAGUGGCCUUUGUCCUUUCCACCCGGGGGGUGUGUGGAUCUGGAUCCUGUGCCUUUGAAGUGGAGGCUGUACAUUUCCCCUAGAAUACCCUGAUGGAUCCGGACCCAAGGGAAGCCCUGGAGGAGGAGAAGCCUGGAAUCGUGGCCUUUCUGGGACAUGACAGGGGAGAGAGGGAUAAUGAAGAUGAACCACACAGGGUGUUGUUAGACAGAACCGGAUGUGAAGAGGAGGAAGAAGAAGAGAGAACAAAACCUGAAGUGAAACACACACUAAGCGAAUCCUCUGCUUUUCAGAGCGCUGAGAUUUCUGAAAUCCCAGUCCAAGAAAACAUAGGCGAAAAAGAGGAAAGCAGCCAGUGCCUUGUGUGUGGGGAAAGCUUUACCUGCAAAUUGAGCCACAUUGCUCAUUGGAAAAUCCACACAGCGGAGAAGCCAUUUAAAUGUUCGGACUGUAACAAAAGCUUCAGCGAUAAGUCAACCCUUAGAAAACACCAGAGAAUCCACACGGGUGAGAAACCAUAUAAAUGCAUGGAGUGCGGACAGAGCUUCAGUCAGAGCACAAGCCUCACUUCCCAUCACAGAAUCCACACAGGGGAGAAGCCCUAUAAAUGCUUGGAGUGUGGAAAGUGUUUCAGCACUUGUAAAUAUCUCACGAUUCAUCAGAGAAUCCACACAGGAGAGAAACCAUUUAAAUGCCUGGAAUGUGGAAAGAGCUUUAACAGGAGAGAUGCUCUUACUUCACAUCAAAAAAUCCACACAGGGGAGAAACCAUACAAAUGCUUGGAGUGCGGGAAGUGCUUCAGCAACAGCAAGUAUCUCACUUCACAUCAGAGAAUCCACACAGGGGAGAAACCGUUUAAAUGUUUGGAGUGUGGGAAGUGUUUUAAUAAGAGAGAUGGCCUUGUUGCCCACCAAAAUAUUCACAGAGGGGAAAAACCAUAUAAGUGUUUGGAGUGUGGGAAGAGCUUCAGCAGCAGCAAGUACCUGACUUCUCAUCAAAGAGUCCACACGGGAGAAAAACCUUUUAAAUGUGUGGAGUGCGGAAAGAGUUUCAGGCAGAAGAUAAAUCUCACUACCCAUCAACGAACUCACACAGGGGAGAAACCGUAUCCGUGCUUGAGGUGUGGAAAAAGUUUUAGCCAGCAGACUAACCUCACUGCACACCAGAAAAUCCACACAGGGGAGAAACCCUAUAAAUGUUUGGAGUGCGGAAAGAGGUUUAAUCAUAGCACAAGCCUCACUCACCAUCAACAACUUCACACAGGAGAGAAACCCUAUAAGUGUGUGGAGUGUGGGAAGAGCUUCAGUACGAGCGCCAGCCUUACUUCACAUCAAAUUAUCCACACGGGGGAGAAACCCUAUAAAUGUCUGGAGUGUGGAAAGCGGUUUAGCGAUCGCAGAAACCUCCGUUCACAUCAGAGAAUCCACACAGGGGAGAAGCCGUAUGUGUGCUUGGAGUGUGGAAAGAGGUUUAGUCAUAGAACUAACUACAGUUCACAUCAGAAAAUCCACACAGGGGAAAAAUCUUUUAAAUGCUUAGAGUGUGGAAAGAGUUUCUUUUUCAGCACUAGUCUGAUUUCGCACCAAACUCUCCACACAGGGGAGAAACCGUAUAAUUGUUUGGAAUGUGGGAAGAGCUUCAGUAGCAACAAAUACCUCACGGCUCACCAACGAAUCCACACGAGGGGGAAGCCAUUUAAGUGCUCAGAGUGCGGAAAGAGCUUCCGUCAGAGUUCAGACUUCACUUCUCAUCAGAGAACCCACACAGGGGAGAAACCGUACAAAUGUCUGGAGUGUGGAAAGAGGUUCAGUACUAGCAAAUACCUCGCUUCCCACCAACGGAUUCACAGCGGGGAGAAACCAUAUACAUGCUCAGAGUGUGGUAAGAACUUCACACACAAGACAAAUCUCACCAAACAUCAGAGAAUCCACAGAGCAGAUAAACCACAGAACUGUUAAGGAAUGCAGAAUUUGUUUCAUCUAAUCCUGAGGUCUGUUUUGGAAUUGCUGUUGGUGAAUGUACUGAAUCUUAAUCCAAGAUGGAUGCACUAUUGCUAGGGGUGCUGGCGACUUUGAGACUGGGUUUCUCUUCCAUCUUUAGAAGCAAAUCUGAAGCUUAGGGAUACUCCUUCAGCUCCUAGGUUUUGCAGCUGAAGAUAAGGCCUACUCUCCCUUGCUGUACCCUUUCAAGAUAAACCUCACUACACAUCACGGAAAAGGAAAACAAAAAUUCCUGAAUUGUUGGGUUAGGCAACGCAACGCAUCCUCAAUUCUCAUCCACAAAUUCACUCAGGAGAGAAAUGAGAUAACUGAUCUGAGUUUCAAAUCAGAACCAGUGAAGGUGGAGAAGGUCCUGUGUGAGUGCCUGGAGGCUGUUGGAGGAUGGAUGGCGGCUAAUGGAUUG